GGGAUUGACUCCGUGUAAUAUGUGGGUUGUUGAUUUGGUUCGUUGAUGUGACUGCAGGGAACUUAAAAAGAAGAGGCUGUCAAGAUGCCUGAGACUGGCGGCGCAUCAGUUGCUCCCAAGAAGGGUCUGACACUCGAUGACCUUAUCGCAGCCAUCGACCGACAUGAAAGGAACCCGAGCAACAUCCCAAAGGUCGAUACUUUCCAUUUCUGUGGGGAGAGAGUCUCAGAAUGGCUAGAGCGGGUGGAACAAGCUUUGGUCGGGUGGUCGGAUGUUGUAAAGUUUCAACGCAUCCUUCAGUAUGUCCUCCACAACUACCAUCAGGAGGUGAAGAAAGUCAUAGAUGCGGCUCAAGGCAGCUGGGAGAGGUUCAAGGAGGGGAUGCAGAGGAAAUACCGCCUGGGAGACGGGUUGUUGACUACCGCGGACCCUGAAGCGAUGAACAAAGAGGAUUUUACGACUAUAGGGGCCUUUGUUCAAGAAUUUAAGAAGAGGGCGCGAAAGGUCCAUGGGAUUUCGGAGGAAGCACAGUGCGCCAUCUUCCUGGGGCUACUCACAGCGUCGGAGGCCGUCGAGUUGACGAGACAUAGAGGAGGUAGCACUAAGCUCACCUGGGCCACCAUUGACAGGGGGGUGGAAGUUGGGUGCUUGGACCAGGUGGAACAACGUCAGGUACGCCUGCAAAGGCAUAAGAGAAAGGAAAGAGAUGCGACUGCUUCUGGGACUCCGGGGGUAACAAGGAUUGUUACAGACGUAUUGGCACAGCUAGGGUAUGUGACUGAGCCGGUGGUGACGGCUGCCAAAGUAAAAGGAAAAGAGCCAGUGAUAGAGGAGGCUGUUCAGGAGGAGCUCUGGGAAGAGGAAGAGCCGGUUUCACAGGGCAGUGUUGUAGGAGGUGGGAACCAGGGGCAGGGCAAUCAAGGCAACAGAGGGAGGGGUGGAGGAAGGGGGCGAGGCAGGAAUGGCGGCGGAAGAGGAAGGCAAUGGAAUGGCCAAGGCCAGGGGUACCAAGGCCAAAGGAGUCAAGGCCAGGGGUACCAAGGCCAAGGGAGUCAAGGCCAGGGGUACCAAGGCCAGGGGUAUCAUGGCCAGGGGUAUCAAGGUCAGGGGGAUCAGGGAAGUCAGGGGUAUGGAAGACCCCGUUUUGACUGGAGGACGACCAUCUGUCAACAUUGUGACCAGCAAGGCCACACUAUAAGGUUCUGUAAUAUAAGAAGGGAAGACGAGAGAAGCGGACUGAUCUCCUCCACUAUGGAUGAGAAUAUCUACGAUCAGUUUGGGGAGGCCAUUGACAGAAGGCUUGGAGGAGUGAGGGCUGAAGCCCAACGAAGAGCGGGAGCUGGGCCGCCACCCCCUGCCAUGUUCAGGCUAUGGCAGGAAAAGGAGGAACCACCGAUUGGGGUGGAAGAAGUAGGAAGCGAUGAGGAAGUGACUGAAGGGCUACGAGGAGGAAGUGAGACGGAAGAGGCCAUAAUCAUCGAGUCAGAUGACGAGGAUGAGGAGGAAAGAACGGAACCUCUGUCCGUCUUAUUUGAGAAAAUGGAGGACUUGUUGGAUAAGAUGGGGAGGUACCAACAAAAGUUGGUGGGCCUCUGUGAGGAAGUGAAGGGAUGGAGGUCUAACAUCCCCACAGUAUUCCUCUAUGAUUUCGGCCCGGAGAAGGCGCCUGGGCGACCCGGAGUAAAUGUGGUGGGGUCGUGCCCACAAUCGGGAAUGAGGGGGAAACCCCUCACUCCGCAGGCCCGGCUGGCACAGGCAGCGCGAACGAGGAAUCAAGCCAAGGCCAGUGCCAGCCAAGAGUCUCCAAGGAGGGAACCCGAACCAGGGAAAAGGAAAGAGGUUGUGGAAGUAGAGAACGACGGUGAUGAAGAGGAAGAGGACGAGAGGCUGCGCAGAGAAGAGGAUCAGAGAGCGGAGCAGCGGGCAAGGAAAAAGGGAACCAGGGGAGAGGCCGAACCGGUCAUACAUGACGAACCGCCCAAAAAGAAGAAAUACGCGGUCCGGUUGGAAGAGGGAUUUGACGUAGAGAAGGUGAUUGACCGGCUGCUGGAAGGGCAUAAUGACCUCAUGACCCUGAAGGAAAUCCUAGCGUCAGCCCCGCGACUCCGCGAUGAACUGAAGGGGAGGUUAUCACGGCGCCUGGUGCCCAAUGUCCAUCUGGGUGCGAUCCUGCCCAAGGAGGCAGAGUGGGCAGAGUCAGGUACGAAGAUGGACUGGAAGUGCGUAGCCUGCGGUACGGUGGAUUUGAUGGUGAGGGGUUCCAAGUGCGCAGCAAUGGUGGACACCGGGGCAGAGAUGAACAUUAUUCGGGAGGCGGACGCGAUCAAAUUCGGGCUGGAUAUAGACCGUUCUGACUGCGGUAUUCUGCAUGGAGCCAGCUGUAAGGCCGUGUUUUGCGGGACAACCGCGAAUGUGCUCGUCGAGGUUGGAAAGGUGAAGGUCAGGGCAUGCUUCUUCAUAAUGCCGGAUGUGGACCAUGGAAUCCUCCUGGGGAGGUCAUUCCUAAGCAGGACAGAGACCAUGAUGUUCAACAAACAUGAUGGGACGUUGAUCCUCCUCUUAUGCGAUCCUGCCUGCGAGAAUUAUGAAAUAAUUACUUGCAGGAACACUGGGUCAAGGAGUAUAAGGAACCGGCCCAACCCAGGAUCAUUCACAAUCGAGAAGUCGGAAGGGGAGCGCAGGAGGCUCUGGGCAAAGCCCGAAGCAGGAGAGAGGGAGGAAGCAUUUUCCCUCAGCCUGUCAGAUGUUGGGAAGGCUAUGGACCUGGAUUUGCAAAGACUGAAUGCAGUGACCGUGCGAGAUGCAGGAGGACUGCCAAAUGCAGACGCGCUGUCGGAAUCCUGUGCUGGAAGGCCUAUAAUUUCGCUUAUAGACCUUUACUCAGGAUACGAUCAGUUCCCAGUCUACCCGCCGGAUAGGCCGGUGACGGCUAUGCACACGCCGCGAGGAUUAAUCCACAUGAACGUGGCCCCACAAGGGUGGACCAACGCAGUAGCAAUGGUCCAACGGGCCAUGAUUCGGGCCAUGCAGUCAGUCAGCCCCCAUAUCACACAACCAUAUAUUGACGAUUUGGCAGUGAAGGGGCCGGCGAUGAAAGAGAUCGACGAAGUCUCACCAGGGGUAAGGCGCUUUGUCUGGAAACACAUCCAGGACCUCGAAAAGGUCCUGAGCCUGCUCGAAGAGCAUAACCUCACGGCAAGCGGGGCCAAAUCCAGACACUGCAUGAGGGAAGCGACUAUCUUGGGGAUCGUCUGCAAUGAGAAGGGCCGAAGGCCGGAUGUGAAGAAUACGGACAAGAUUACUGAGUGGCCAGUUCCGUUCUACUCAAUAACUGAUGUCAGGAGCUUCCUUGGUACGUGUGGAUUUUGGAGGGCCUUCGUCAAGAACUUUGCCGCUAAGACUGAACACCUGAGGAAGUUAGUCCGUCAGGGUCAGGAAUGGGUAUGGGGUGAGGAACAAGAAGAGGUGGUGGCAAAAAUGAAGGAGGAAUUUCGAGAAGGAGGGUUGGUGUUAGGAGCGCUAGAUUAUGACGCCACAAAGACGCGACCCUUCAUUGUCGAAACGGAUGCAGGACCGACUGCCUUAGGGGGAGUUCUAAUUCAGGCAGACAUGGAAGGAAAGGAAAGGCCCUUGCGAUUUGAGAGUCGGACUCUCUGUACGACGGAGAGGAACUACUCUCAGUUCAAGAGGGAGACCCUUGCUGUCCUCCACUGUCUGCGAAUCUUCCGGAACUAUAUCUUCGGCAGGAGGUUUAUUUUGAGAGUGGAUCCGACCGCCCUGGCCUACUCUCUAAGGAAUUACGUUCCAUCGGAUCCGACAGUUGCCAGAUGGCUGACGUACAUCUGGAUGUUCAAUUUCGAAUUGGAACGGAUUCCUGGUAGUAAGAACCGGGCGGACGGGCUGAGUCGGAUCAACUGGGAUAAACAGGAAGGAGAGGCGGUGGAGAAUACGCCCCCAGUUGAUGGAUUUCUGGAUCAAGAAGAAGAUGUUCGUCUUCAUAUCAACAAGUGGUCGCCGCGAGUGCCCAGCUGUGUAGGCUAUCCUAUCUGGCAAGCGCCAAAGGGGUAUGAAAGGAGGAAUGAGUUAGUCCUUAAGCCCUUUGAGGAAGAAGAUCCAUGGGGCGGUAAGGAUGUUCAGUGGAUGAUGGAGCUAGCGCUGGCCAGCUCGCAUAGGCUGGUGGAGGACAUGAGAACGAUUGAGGAAGGACCUGGCCAGGUAGAACGGCAUGAGGACCUGAUGGGAGUAAUGUAUCUCCUCGUCAACACGUUAUUGCAGGAAGGCCUCAACCAGUCAGGCUCGUUGAACCCGACAGGAAAUGUGGACGAAGUGCCCGAGAGCCAGGACGACGAGUUCGAGGAGGGGGAGAUUAAGGAGGCUUUUCGUGCAGAAGAGUACGAUGAGAUCUACCUAGAACAGGGGCUUCUUCUGUCAUGUGAAAUACGGCUAAGGGAUGCAAGCGAUAGGGCUCAGAGGAUGCUGCAGCGCUACUUUGUGCGAGACGACCACCUUUUCGUGAGAAGAGAAGUGGGGAUUCCCAGGAGGGUCGUCUGCGGCAGGAAUCGUCAGAUCGACGUCGUAGCAGCGCUUCACGAUUGCAGGAGGGCAUCGAGGGGUACAAGCCACGUAUGCCAAGAUAAGUCUGACUUUACGAAGACAUUCAUGCCAAGAGGAGGGAGGGGGACACGGCCGCCUCGGAGGCCGUUGGGAGCAUCAGGAGGAUACGAGCGACAUGGGCCUCGCUAUCGAGAGAGUACUCCGGUAUACAAUGAUAGGGACAUCGAGCUAUUCCUGGACAACUUUUGGGAUCAUGCGAGGCGUAUGGGCUGGACCGUGGCUCAAGCGAUUGAGGGAUUGAGGGGGGCAGGCAGAUUCGAGGAGCCUAUCGCGCGGAUCCGUAGAGAGGCGACGACGAGAUCAGAGGUGGAGUGGAGGAUGCAGGAGUUGCGACCAUCGUCUGUGGGGCCUGAUGGCAGGCCGAUCCGCCUGGAGAUUGGAAAUGCGUCGGACUUCAUCCCCGUGUUUGAGUGGUUCAUGCAGGGGCAGGGCAUACCGAGAGAUGAAUGGAUGCAGACGCUACCGCUCUGGACCAGGAAGGCGGAAAGGCCGCUGGCUAGCGAAGUCAGAGACAUGACCCGGGACUGGGAGAGCUGCAGGGCACAUCUAAGAGAGGCCUUUCGACGGCUAGAGCCACCCCAGCCCAGAGUCGAGAGACGUCAGAGGAGUCAGAGGUCGGGGGACCCUGAGCCCAGGGAGGUGAGACCGUCUCGGGGAGGACGGAAGGCCCUAGCCAGGAGAGAAGAGGAGCCGGAGCGGGAGCCAGAGAUUGAGGAGCGAGGGGCAUACCCUGAGUAUGGGUUGGGACCAGUAGAGUUCCAUCGUUUUACUGAGGGUGGAUUGAGGAGGUCACCAGCACACACACGGGAGGAGCCGCCAGUAUCUGAAGGGCCGUUGAGGGAGUUGGAGACGCAUCUGGAUAUCUCUCAGUGGAGAGCGUCGCCUCAGGAUGAGAAGCAUGAAGAGCAAGUAGAAGGGGUGCCACGAGAGGAGGUACCACAAGAGGAGGUGCCACGAGAGGAGGUGCCACGAGAGGAGGCGCAGGGUACUCAGCGAGAGAGCAGGCUGGGCGACGUGGGGAGAUGUGCAGGGAAGGAAGUGAUAGAGGUUGGAGAGGACACGCCCCCACAGACGCCAGCG